AUGGCAAAAGAGCGCAACUACAAUCCAGUGCAGGCCCAGCGCAAAGCUGACAAGGCCAAGGCGAUCAAGAAGGGCAAAGCCGAAUCGCUUGUCCGGAAAAACGAGAAACUGGCCAAGAAGAACCCCGAGCGCAUCCAGAAGCAAAUCGACGAUCUAAAGGCCAUCACGACCAAUGGCGGAAAACUCAGCAAGCAUGAGGAGCAGGUCCUGGACGGCCUCGAGAAUGAGCUUCGAUCGGUCAGGAAGGCCAGGGACACACUAGGCGACCGCGCACCCACCUUUGGACGAGGCUGGACGAGGGAUCACGACGGCCCCGCGGUUCUGGGCAAACGACGACGCGGGUCAAACGCAUCCACGAGCGAGGAGGACGUGCCAGAGGACGUACGAUCGAUACCGAUGCCGCGCGACACGCCGCCGCCGAUUCCCAAGGACGUCCUCGACGCGUGGUACGCCAAACGGCGCGCGCGACGCGAGGCUGAGAACGCCGCAGCCCACAACAAGGACAAUGAGCCCAAGAAGGACGCCCCGCCCGCGGAAGCCAAGGUCACAUACUCCGCCGAGCCCGUGCGACGCGACCUCCGCAAGGAAGCUGUCGCAGCCUUUGUGCCCAAUGUCGUCAAGCUCAAGAUGGACAAGGGCCAGGGGCAAGGUGGCUUGAUGGAACCGGACGAGGCUGAUCGACUGGAGCAGGAGGGGUAUCUCAAGCCACAGCCGCCGCCCUCCAAGGCCGUGACAGUCGAGGAGGCCGAUGACGAGGAUUGA